AACGACGUGAAGUUAAAUUUUGUUUUGAUUGUGAAAGUCAACAAAUUAUUAAUUUAAUCAUACUAGAUCUUCAAAAUGAGCAGUAAGGAAGUCAAGAACCUGUUAAAAGAAGCUCGAGAAGCUAUAAAAAGUAAAGAAUUUCCAGUGGCAAUUAGAAAAUGCAAGGAAGCUCUAAGUCACGAUAAGAAGAAUGGGAUGGCUUUCAUAUUUAUGGGAGCUGCAUAUCAGGAAACUGACAAGAUUGAGGCUGCAAAAUGUUUGAGAAAGGCUAUUGAGUUAUCUGAUGACUGUAAGUUGUUGGCAUUUCAAGGAUUGGCAAAUUGCGUUGCAGUAAAGGAACUACCUGAAAUUUAUGAGGAAUUAUUGAAGCUCUUACCUGAUAAGUAUAAUGAUUAUUACUCGAAAUUAACAUCACUUUUUCUGCAAGAUAAGAUCACAGAUUAUGCAUUAUUAAUAAAAAUAUUCUGUAAUGAAAUAAAAAUUGAUAAUAAGGAACGGAAAUAUGCAGCCCUUAAAAGUCUAUUAAAUGUUUUCAUGAAGAAUCGUGAUGAGGCAUUUGAGAAGCAUAAGGAUGAGUUUUUAGAAUGUCUUGAAGUUGGAAUUCAGGAUAAAAAUCAUUUAUAUCAUGUCGACAUCUAUCAAUACUACUUUAAGAUCCUUCAAAGUAAGGAACGAUAUGGCGAUUUAGUCAAAUCUGCUGAAGAGAUGACAACAAUCUAUUCAAACAAUGUAAUUCCACUUGAAUGGAUCUGCAAAGUCUACAUUGACAAUGAAAAAAAUCAAAACUUUAAGAUUAGUGAGAAUCUAAAAUCCAAUUUUGGGAUCUACAUCGAAAGACUUCUUGAAAUCAAUCCAAAUUCAGUUCUAGGACUUACUGCAAGUGCACUAGUUAAAUAUGCAAUUGGUGACUUAGCUGGAUCUCGAGAUAUUCUAAUAAAAGUCAAUGAACUUCAGCCAAAUUGGUCUUUAUGCCUUAAAAGAUUAGCAUUAAUUCAUGAAAGGUUCCGUGCCUACCUAUUAGCUGAACUAGUUUAUAGACAAUUAAAAAAUGUUGAUAUUAAUCUCGCUGAAAUGUUGAUAGAACAGCAUGAGAAGAAUAAGGUUCUGGAAGGCAUAGAAAUUUGCAAAAAUAACUUAACGGACAUAAAAUCCACAGAGUUAAUUAUAAAAGGCAACAUUUAUUUAGGAAAUUUGAGCGAGGCUGAAAAGCUUAUAGAAAAUUUACAACAUCAAAGUGAGAACGUGGUGCUUAUUAAAGCUCUUAUUGCCCAUGUAAAAGGUGAAAAUGAAAAUGCAAUUGAAAUUUUGCGAGAAAAUGAGUCCCACGAAGCCUUCUUGGAAGUCGGAAAGCUUUUGUUUCACGAUAAAAAAUUCGAUGAAUCACUAAUUAACAUUUUGAAAGCAACUAAAUUAGACCCAAACAAUUCCGAGUGCUUUUACUGGCUGGGAAAAAUUUACAUGACAAAUAAUGACGAGGCAAGAAGUAAGAAAUGCUUUGAAAAGUGCCUCAACCUAAAUCCACAGAAUGAGAAGGCAAUUGCCACACUGUCAGCAAUAUAUCGUAAAAAUAAAGAUUGGGAUCAGAAUUUGCAAAUUUUAGAAAAAUCUGUAAAGUCUGUAGACGGCGCGUAUCAAAAGGCUGCAUUCUUUCAACUCGGUCUUCAUCAUCUUGCACAACAGAGUUAUGAUAAUGCAAUUACAGCAUUUAGAAAUUCAUUGAAAUAUGACAAGGAAAAUACGGAAUGUUGGGAAGGUCUAGCUGAUGCUUAUAUGGCUCGAGGAUCUUUUAAUUCAGCAUUGAAUGUAUUUGAGAAAAGUGUCGAAAUUAAUCCCUUAAAUUCUUAUGCGAAGCUUCAAGUAGCAAAAGUCAAAUACAUCCUACAACAAUAUCAAGAAUCAAUUACUGACUAUGAGGAACUGCUGUCAAUCAUUCCCGACUAUUUGCCAGCAUUAAAAGGUAUAGCAGAGAGUCAUAUUGGUCGUGCAAAUUAUCUUCAUGAAAAUCAUAGAACAGGCAGAGCACGUGAUCACUGUCAAAGUUCACUUUCAUUUUUGGAACGUGCUAUAAAGCAGGAACAGAAUUUCGUUUGCUUGUGGCGUAGCUUAGGAAAUCUUUUUGAUUUUGUUGGAAGUUUCCCGGAAAUUUACAAUUAUUUAAUUGUGCCAGCGACUAUUGUGUGUGAGAAUCAGCCAAAGAAGUUGUCUGGUGAUGAGCUUUUUGAUCUAGCAUCUAAAUGUUAUAGUCGAUGUCUAAAAAUGAGUAUGAAGAAUGAUUUUGUGUGGUUUGAUUUAAUCGCAAAUCAUUAUAGACGUGCUAUGAAGACUAUCAAGGAAGAUGCAAAAGCUGAGUUCCUUAAACUUGCAAAUGACGGUGCUAAACAUUUAGUUAAAUUAGCACCAACAAAAUGGCAGAAUUGGAAUCUAUUAGGAAUUAUAUCAGCUACGAAAGAGAUUAAUGAUCCCGCUCUAGCUCAACAUUGCUUUAUUAAAGCUAUAAAUUUAGAUAAAAGGACAUUUACAAGCUGGUCUAAUUUAGGGGUUUUCUAUUUAAUGAAUGGCGACAUAAAACUUGCAAAUAAGGCAUUUAGUAGAGCACAACAAUCUGACACUUCAUUCUUAAAUGCAUGGAUUGGACAGGCAUGUAUUGCAGAGUUAAUUGGAGAGCAUGACGAGACUAUGGACUUAUUUAGACAUUGUACUCAGUUAGGAUAUCAUCAUGAGUCAUCUAUUGGAUACUCAAAUUUCGUUUGCUCUAUCUUGAAUAAGCCUGACUAUGCUAGUAAUCCGAAAUAUGAGUAUGCUAUAGACAAAAUGCAUGCGAUUCCAAUGGCACUUGACAAUAUCAAAUGGCAUUGCUUGGACGAGUCGGAGGCAACAUUUGAAGCUUGGUGUUUUGUUGGAUAUCUUAGUAAGUGUCAGAAAUUGUACAGUCAAUCCAUUCAUGCAUAUGAAAAGGCUGUAGAAUUGACUGAGGAUGUAUCACUUAAGGAUAAGUGCCUCACAGAUUUGGGAUUCUGUUAUUUGAAAGUUAAUGAGCACAGUAAAGCAACAAAAGCAUUUAGUGAUGUAAAGGAAGCAACAUUCAUGUCUACAGUUGGACUUGCAUUGGCAUUUUAUAAAGAUGGUCAAUAUCAAGAUUGUUAUGAAACGUAUCAGAAAGCAAUCGAGUGGCUAGCAACGAAUGACGAAGAGAAAGCUCAAGUAUUAAUUGCGAUGGCUGCAAUGAUUUACGCCUUUCAAGGAGCUGAAGAUGCAAAAAUGGUUUUAUUCCAAUGCAUUGGACUUUCGCCGACACCGGUCGAAGGACUUUUAUCUUUAUGUGCAAUAAGUUUAUUGCAUAAAGAUAAACAGCUUGGCGAAUUAGUUAUGAAGGAAUUAAGAAGUCAUGAAAAAGACUUGGUGUAUGGACAUCAUGUUUCCUUUAUGAUGGCUCAGUUUUAUAUCAAAUAUGAAUCUAAGGACAUUGCUAUUGCCUACAUUUCAUCAAGAAUCCAUGAAUUUCCAAACAGACCAUUCUUACGCAAACUUCUCGCAAACGUACUCCUAGAAACGUCAUCAAAUGACAAUAGCUUGAUGAAGGCUGCAUGCAGAAUGGCUGAAAGCUCAUUAAUUCUUAGAAUAAUGAAUAAGGAAGUGAUGUCAUCUGAAGAAGCAGCAGAGCUGUUGGCAUUAGCAAGCAUGACAAUCAAAAAAGUCGACUCAAAAACCUCAAAAAUGUACGCGCAAAAAGCCAUCCACAUUUGUCCCACUUACUGGAAAGUCUUGAAAAUUAAUUAAGCCUUUAUCGUAAAUUGUUCAAUAAAUAUUUUGUCGAUUAUCAAAACAUA